ACAGUUGGUCGGCGGGCGGCGUGGUGCGUGGUAGUGCUGGUCUGCGCGGUGCCUCUCCUACACUGGUCUGCCCGGCUAGCUGGCUCACUGACUGCUUCGCGCCCUCUGCUCCCUCCCUCCCUCCUUCACACCUGUUGCCUUACCCAGCUGCAAGAUGGGCGGCAGGACGGGCUUCACGUGCGUGCGUCACUCCCUCUGCGUGCUCAACACCUUCAUGUGGAUUGUGGGGUGCUCCAUGCUGGGGGCUGGCAUAUGGCUUCGUCUGGCCUAUGGGGGAUACGCCUCACUGCUACACCAGUACUCCGUCAUCUCCGCAGACUCCCUCUGUCUGGCAGCAGGCAUCAUCACCUUUGUGCUGGCCUUCUGUGGGUGCUGUGGUGCCUGGUUUCAGAGCCGCUGCAUGCUGAUCACUUACUUCAUUCUGGUGGUGCUGGUGUUCACGCUGCAGCUGGUGGCAGGAACACUUGCCUUUGCCUUCCGUGGGGAGGUCUCAGCAACGCUCAUCAAGGAGCUGCAGGAUGGCAUUCGAAGGUCAUUCAACGAGACCUCAGACAAUGCUGUGGCAAUCACUUGGAAUCACCUUCAGUCACAGUUUCAUUGCUGUGGGGUGGAGGGGCCCAACGACUGGUUCAAGAUAGCAGCCUGGCCACAGGAAGACUGGGUGCCUCAUGCCUGCUGCUAUUCUAAGUUCACCUCAGAUCAAGACUGCGGCAGGACCAACGAGCCGGAUCACUGGUACCAGGUGGGCUGCUACGUGCAGGUCAAGAUGUGGUUCAUUGAGCGCCUGCAUGUGGUGGGAGUCAUCGGCAUGGUGCUUGCCUUUGUGCAGCUGUUUGGCAUGAUAGCAUCCCUGCUGCUAUUCUGCACGCUGGGCUACAAGCGUCGCUCCCACACCUACAAGUCGUACCACUCGGACACCUGACUACAGGCCCCCGACGUGGCACACUGAGCCGCGCAUACCACAAACUACAUGAACCUCUGAUAGAAAAACAAACUAGCAACUGGAAAGUUAAAUGUCAGAAAACUUUGACUUGAGAAUUUGUCUAAGAACACUAAGGAGUAACCUACAAAUGUGGACACAAAGUUUGAUGAAGGGAAAUUGAAUUCUUCAUUAGAAUAGUCAAAUAAGACAUGAUUGCAUGGGAUUAGGAGCUAUGGGGCUGACUGGCAUCCUGACAGCUUUGUGUCCUGGGAGUAACACAGGCUACAAGCCAUUUCAAAAUUCAGCCUGGGAAGCCGGUAGUGUUUCACCCGCUGGGCAACGCUGGGCACUGCUGGGCACCUUUGCUUGUGUGGUAGUGCAGUGUAUACUUUUUUGUUCUUUGUUGUAAAUGAUGAUAUAUCUUUAUUUAUUUACAGUGAGUGAUUUCAUAUGUUUUUCUUCUCAUCAUUCCUACAUUAUGUUGUAAAAUAUGUAUCUUUGAUGCAUAAAAGGUGGAGAAUGAAUGACAAAAAAGUAACACUUUUAGUUUCUUCAAGUGCCAUAAAUUUUAUAAAUGGAAGUUUUCUGUAUAUACACUUCACUGAUGUACUUUGUGUAUUUAUCUGACUCAGUACUUUGAAUAUAUGUACAUUUUGAUUAUUUAGUAACUUUGUAUGUAAAUAUAGUUAUUCACAUGUAUCAGAUACUCAUGAGAUACAGAAACAAUACCUGUGGUCGUUUCAUGAAUGUGUCUUAAGUCAAAUAUGUAACAAGGAGUUGCUAACAUCAGGAGGCUUGUUACUUGUGAAUGACAGACUCUGAGCGUUGCUCUGUCCUGGAUGACAAGUGUCCAUGUCACGGUGACAUGGAUUCGGUUUGGUUGUCUGAUGGCAGUGUGCCAAGCUGUACUUAUAUGUACAACUCCUUCAGGACCAUCAUGGAGCCUUUGGAACUUUUUACUAUGCAAGCAAGGCUGUUCACCUUACUGGUUUCUGGUAGUUUGUAGGAGAAUGCUGUCUGUAUGGCUAACCAUCCAAACCAACUUCAUCACAGAGUGGUGGCCAGUGAUGCUGCCACAUCCUGACUCAGUAAUAUAGCAGGAUAAAUUACAUAGUCUUACUGGUAUCAUACUUUGUUAUUUUAAUUAAGUGUAGUAAAUAAUAUAAUAUUUCUAGAAAGUAGCAUUACACAAUUAAAAAUUAAGUGCCAAAAUGCAAGAAUGAGAUAUGGCUGUAACAACACACAAGGGGUGGAGGCAGAGGGAUCAGCACAGGCCUGCACACCCAGCACAGCAUAUUUAAGCUGGAUGUGACACACAUCAUAAGCUCAACAAUUUGCACAGACCUUCAAAUAAGUUUGUAAUUUUGUUCCUUGCCCUCAGCAACCUUAUUGAGCUAAUAUUGAUGAAAUCUAAGAUUAUGGCACUGCUACAUGAGGCAGUUCUGUUGAUGGCUGAUCAUAGACUGUGAUAACCUGAUAGUGCAAGUCUGGUGCCAACUGUGUUUACCACCAGUCACGUCCCUGAGGCUGCCAACACAUUGGCAAACCUUGGCUAAGGCUUUGUGGUGGUACAAGGACCUUUUAUUUCUGAUCUGGGAGUCUAUAAGCGCAUAAGAUUUGAUGCUGUUUAGAAGCAAUUCUUUGUCUAAAGGAUAAAUCUCAUGAAAGAAAAGGAAGCGGCAUGUCUUCAGUUUCUCAGGUUGUUAAUAUUCUAAGGAUACUGUAGGAUAUAUAUAUUGCCAUUUUAAUGUUUUACUGUGAUACUGUCACAGGUGAGAUUAUGAUUCUAAUUAUGAUUCUGUUGAAUGUUUCAAUGCAAAAGAUAUUUUUAUGUAUGUAUAAAUUUUAAGAAAGUAAAAAAAAAAAGAUAAAUUUGGUGAUAAUAUGAGUUAGAUCUUGAAAAGAUAACCUUUACUUUUAAGAUAAUGUAUAUCAUAAGGCACCUUUAAUCUUUUCUUUCAUCUCGAGUUGUUUUACAAGCUUUGUGAAAACAUCCUUGAAAACACAAAUAAUUUUUCCUACAACCUGAUAAAAGUUGCCAAGAUUAGAUGCCAAAAUGUCUGAGAAUAUGAGGUACUCAGAGCAGAAGAGGUGAACUCACUAUCAAAAUAAAACUAGAAUUCAAGAACCACGAUAAAGCACACCCCUUUCCUUAGAGGCUUGUGGUGACUUCUUUACUAAUGCAAAGAGCAGGAAUGGAAGGCAGGUCUAGUCUGGCUUCCCUGGCCUGAUGCAAGUGGCUUUGACAAGAUUGCCCCUUCUAUUUCUGACACCUUGUAUGAUCCAAUAUAGUGAGUGAUGCUUUCCUCUCUUGUCUACCUUUCUAUUUCUCAUCCGGUCACUGUGUACAGGGGAAUAUCCUUCACUAGAUUAAUGUUUACUCAGAAGUUAAGUAAUUAGGAUGAAAUGCAUGAUGCUCACCAGAAUGAGUGGUUAAAUAUGGCAUUCUCAUUUUUCAGAGGGACCAAUAAUUGUUCAUCCUAUAAAUGAUCACCACAUGAAAUUUGUAUGUAUUUAUCAAGUAAAGAUAUUUCUUAUAGACACACAAUAAAGAGAAUAUCCCAUGUA